AAACCUGGAGAAGUUGUUUUUAACUCUUGCCUAUUCGUUUUUAAAGUUUAUGUCCCGGAGCAAAUUACUCCAUUUGUAUCAACUGCUGAAUUAGUGAACAAGUUCCAACCUAGGCCGAUGACACUGACAAGGCUGAAUGAACCAGAGUUUGCAACAUCUCAGCCAACUCGUCCUGUGAGACUUAAAAGAACUUCAGAGCUUGAGGAAGAGAUGCUGGCAAAAAUGCCUAAGUUUAAAGCACGACCUUUGAAUAAGAAGAUUCUAGAAGCUCCAGCUUAUCCCGCACCACAAAGAAGCAUACCGCAUCCUCCAGAGUUUAAGGAGUUCCAUCUCGAAACAAUGGCACGGGCUAGACAGGAUGCAGAGACAUCUUCAUUAGUCUCGACGGAAAUGUCUAAGCAUAAUGAUUGGAAAAGGCCUCAUACUAAUGAACCAAAGAGCCCUCUGCUUCAAACAAUGCUGAGAGCUCGUCCUAUUAAAGCAAAAACUUCUACUGAAAUUGAACAGGAGGAGCUCAAGAAGGUGCCAAAAUUCAGGGCAAGACCUUUGAAUAAAAAGAUAUUCGAAAGUAAAGGAGAGAUGGGAAUUUGCAACACUAGAAAACACGUAACCAUACCUCAAGAGUUCUAUUUCCUGACAGAUGAAAGGAUUUCACAGCCUAACUCUGUUAUAGAUCUAUUCGACAAGCUCUCUUUGAACUCUGAAUCUUGCCGUGAACGGCCUCUUCAAAGGAACACUACACCAAACCCCUUCCUUCUGUGGACUGAGGAACGAGGUGCUGUAAAAGAGAAGAAGUUUGUGAGACAAGUCAUAGAUAAGCCAGAUAAGAGUGUGAAGGCCAGAACUUCCAGAGCAACCCCUUAUCCCUACACAACUGACUAUCCCGUGUUCCCACCAAAACCAGAGCCUAAGCAAUGCACAAAAGUAGAACCGUUCAAGUUAGAGAGUGUAGCUAGACGCGAACAGGAAAUGCUGAAAGAAAUGGAAGAGAGGAUGAGAACUGAGAGGGAAGAAGCUCAAAGAAGAGUGUUCAGAGCACAGCUAGUGAUAGCAGAAGAUCCAAUUCAUGUUCCGGAGAAAGUACGAAAGCCUCUCACAGCAAUUCAAGAGUUCAAUCUCCAUGUGAACCAUCGGGCUGUCGAAAGGGCAGACUUUGACCAUAAAAUCAAAGAGAAGGAGAUGAUGUACAAAAGAUACCGCGAAGAGACUGAAGCCGCAAAAAUGGUAGAGGAAGAGAGAGCUCUAAAACAACUGAGAAUGACAAUGGUUCCUCAAGCCAGACCAGUGCCAAAUUUCAACAACCCGUUUUUACCUCAGAAGUCAAACAAGGAGACGACGACAAAACCAAAGUCUCCGAAGCUUAGAGUGAUCAGUAGAAUCGAGAGGAUAACAAUGAUGGCUUCUUCUUCUACUUACAUGAGAUAGCGUAUUGAUUUAAAAGUAAAAAAGAUUAAGCAUCAG